AUGGCGAAGAUCGCCAAAACGCACGAAGACAUCGAGGCCCAGAUCCUGGAGAUCCAGGGCAUGAAGGCCUCUCUGCUGGAGGAAGGAGAUCAGGGCGUGGGGCUGGACUCCACAGGCUUCUACGACCAGGAGAUCUAUGGCGGCAGCGACAGCCGCUUCACCGGAUAUGUCACGUCCAUCGCCGCCAACGAGCAGGAGGAGGAUGAUGAAGAGGAUGCUCAGACAAGCCUGCUGGGCCCGAAGAAACCGGGGUACCACGCUCCUGUGGCCAUUCUCAACGCCAUCCCUCAGUCCGAUGAAACGUACGACCCAUUCGCGGAACAUCGUCCUCAGAAGAUCGCAGAGCGUGAGGAUGAGUACAAAGCCCGGCGCAGACAGAUGAUCAUCUCGCCUGAACGUCUCGACCCCUUUGCAGACGGGGGCAAAACGCCGGACCCCAAGCUGCAGGUCAGGUCGUACGUGGACGUCAUGUUGGAGCAGAACCUGUCCAAAGAAGAGAGGGAGAUCCGUCAGCAUCUGGCAGAUAAAGCUAAAUCUGGGGAGUUGAAGGCGGUGAACGGCUCGGCCGCCUCGCAGGCUGCGGCGGCGGCAGCAGCAGCAGCCAAACGGAAACGCCGCUGGGACCAGACGGCCGACCAGACGCCCUCCAACUCCACCCCCAAAAAACUAUCCAGCUGGGACCAGGCUGACGCCUCCGCAGAGACACCCGGACACACGCCCGCUCACACACCCUCCAACAGCCGCUGGGACGAGACGCCCGGACGCCCCAAAGGCAGCGAGACGCCUGGGGCCACCCCCAGCAGCCGCAUGUGGGACCCCACGCCCAGCCACACCCCCGCCGGGGCCGCCACGCCCGGCAGGGACACUCCCGGACACGCCACGCCCGGACACGGCGGCGCCACUGGGAGCGUCCGCAAGAACCGCUGGGACGAGACCCCGAAGACAGAGAGGGAGACCCCCGGCCACGGCAGCGGCUGGGCCGAGACGCCACGCACGGACCGCGGAGACGAGUCGGUGGGAGAGACGCCCACGCCCGGGGCCAGCAAGAGGAAGUCCCGCUGGGACGAAACACCCGCCAGUCAGAUGGGGUCGUCCACGCCGCUGCUCACCCCUGGAAAGACGCCCCUCGGGACCCCAGCCAUGAACAUGGCCACCCCAACCCCAGGACACCUGAUGAGCAUGACCCCCGAGCAGCUGCAAGCCUGGAGAUGGGAGCGUGAGAUCGAUGAGAGGAACCGCCCUCUGACCGAUGAGGAGCUGGACGCCAUGUUUCCCGAGGGCUACAAGGUGUUGCCUCCUCCAGCCGGAUAUGUUCCGAUCCGCACGCCGGCCCGCAAACUGUCGGCCACGCCCACUCCCAUCGGCGGCAUGACAGGCUUCCACAUGCAGCCCGAGGACCGCACCACCAAGCAGAUGAACGACCAGCCAUCAGGGAACCUCCCGUUCCUCAAACCAGAUGACAUCCAGUACUUCGACAAGCUGCUGGUGGAGGUGGACGAGUCCACCCUGAGCCCUGAGGAACAGAAAGAGAGGAAGAUCAUGAAGCUUCUGCUGAAGAUCAAGAAUGGAACUCCGCCCAUGAGAAAGGCCGCUCUGCGUCAGAUCACCGAUAAAGCUCGGGAGUUUGGCGCCGGGCCGCUCUUCAACCAGAUCCUGCCGCUGCUCAUGUCGCCCACGCUGGAGGACCAGGAGCGCCACCUGCUGGUCAAAGUCAUCGACCGCAUCCUGUACAAGCUGGACGACCUGGUGCGGCCGUACGUGCACAAGAUCCUGGUGGUGAUCGAGCCGCUGCUCAUCGAUGAAGACUACUACGCUCGAGUGGAGGGCCGAGAGAUCAUCUCCAACUUGGCUAAGGCUGCUGGCUUAGCCACCAUGAUCUCCACUAUGCGGCCGGACAUUGACAACAUGGACGAGUACGUGAGAAACACCACAGCUCGGGCGUUCGCCGUGGUGGCUUCGGCCCUCGGCAUCCCGUCGCUGCUGCCGUUCCUCAAAGCCGUGUGCAAGAGCAAGAAGUCGUGGCAGGCCCGGCACACCGGCAUCAAGAUCGUGCAGCAGAUCGCCAUCCUCAUGGGCUGCGCCAUCCUGCCACACCUUCGCAGUCUGGUGGAGAUCAUUGAGCACGGUCUGGUGGACGAGCAGCAGAAGGUGAGGACCAUCAGCGCCCUGGCCAUCGCCGCCCUGGCUGAGGCGGCUACUCCGUACGGUAUCGAGUCCUUUGACUCGGUGCUGAAGCCGCUGUGGAAAGGCAUCCGGCAGCACAGAGGAAAGGGUCUGGCAGCUUUCCUGAAAGCCAUCGGCUACCUGAUCCCUCUGAUGGACGCGGAGUACGCCAACUACUACACCAGAGAGGUGAUGCUGAUCCUCAUCAGAGAGUUCCAGUCCCCCGACGAGGAGAUGAAGAAGAUCGUGCUCAAGGUGGUGAAGCAGUGCUGUGGCACCGACGGUGUGGAGGCAAACUACAUCAAGACAGAGAUCCUGCCGCCGUUCUUCAAACACUUCUGGCAGCACCGGAUGGCUCUGGACCGCAGGAACUACAGACAGCUGGUGGACACCACGGUGGAGCUUGCCAACAAGGUGGGCGCGGCCGAGAUCAUCUCCCGCAUCGUGGACGACCUGAAGGACGAGGCGGAGCAGUACAGGAAGAUGGUGAUGGAGACCAUCGAGAAGAUCAUGGGCAACCUGGGAGCCGCCGACAUCGACCACAAGCUGGAGGAGCAGCUGAUCGACGGCAUCCUGUACGCCUUCCAGGAGCAGACCACCGAGGACUCGGUGAUGCUGAACGGCUUUGGAACCGUGGUGAACGCCCUCGGGAAGCGAGUGAAGCCCUACCUGCCUCAGAUCUGCGGUACGGUGCUGUGGCGUCUCAACAACAAGUCUGCCAAAGUCCGCCAGCAGGCCGCCGACCUCAUUUCCCGCACCGCCGUGGUCAUGAAGACUUGCCAGGAGGAGAAGCUGAUGGGUCACUUGGGUGUGGUUCUGUAUGAGUACCUGGGAGAGGAAUACCCCGAGGUCCUGGGCAGCAUCCUGGGUGCUCUGAAGGCCAUCGUCAACGUCAUCGGAAUGCACAAGAUGACUCCUCCCAUCAAAGACCUGCUGCCUCGUCUGACGCCCAUCCUGAAGAAUCGACACGAGAAGGUCCAGGAGAACUGCAUCGACCUGGUGGGGCGAAUCGCUGACAGGGGAGCGGAGUAUGUGUCGGCCAGGGAGUGGAUGAGGAUCUGCUUCGAGCUGCUGGAGCUGCUGAAGGCUCACAAGAAGGCCAUCCGCCGAGCCACCGUCAACACCUUCGGUUACAUCGCCAAAGCCAUCGGCCCUCAUGACGUCCUGGCAACACUGCUCAACAACCUGAAGGUGCAGGAGCGUCAGAACAGGGUCUGCACCACCGUGGCCAUCGCCAUCGUGGCCGAGACCUGCUCGCCGUUCACCGUGCUGCCGGCGCUCAUGAACGAGUACCGCGUCCCCGAGCUCAAUGUGCAGAACGGCGUCCUGAAAUCCCUCUCCUUCCUGUUCGAGUACAUCGGAGAGAUGGGCAAAGAUUACAUCUACGCCGUCACGCCGCUGCUGGAGGACGCGUUGAUGGACAGAGACCUGGUUCACCGACAGACCGCCAGCGCCGUGGUGCAGCACAUGUCUCUGGGCGUCUACGGCUUCGGCUGCGAGGACUCGCUCAACCACCUCCUGAACUACGUCUGGCCCAACGUCUUCGAGACGUCGCCGCACGUCAUCCAGGCCGUCAUGGGCGCUCUGGAGGGGCUGCGCGUCGCCAUCGGACCCUGCCGCAUGCUGCAGUACUGCCUCCAGGGUCUGUUCCAUCCAGCUCGGAAGGUUCGAGAUGUGUACUGGAAAAUCUACAAUUCCAUCUACAUCGGCUCUCAGGACGCUCUGAUUGCUCACUACCCGCAAGUCUACAACGACGACAAAAACGUCUUCGUACGCUAUGAGCUGGAGUACGUGGUGUAGCUGACCCCGCCCCCACCCUCUCUACCAGGCCCUGCCCCCUAUGCCCCGCCCUCUAUGCCCCGCCCCUCUGUUUUGAUUAGGGUUUUUGGAGAGUUAAGUCUGUUCGUAAUUUUUUAUUUGAUUCUUGCUAGUUCUGUUGCUCCCACACAAAAACCUUCUGAUCCAAUGUUGAGUUAUUUAACCAAAUAAAAUGUUUGUGUAUAAAAACCC